AACAACACAUACACGCCGUCAGCCUCCCCCGGCCGCCACCUCCGCCCCGCCGAGCGAGCGGGGCCCGCCGCAGCCUCCCGGGGCCAGCCCCUGCCUCACGGCGGGGGGACCCCUCCGCCGCCUCCCGGCACCGGCCGCUCCAGGCCUCAGGCGGCGGCCGGCACCAUCCGCCGCGCAUCGGCGCCAUCCCGCCCGCUCCUUCUCCCGCACGGCGCCAGACAGAACGCCCCGGGGGCCCCGCGCCCGCCGGCAACCCCAUGGCGGGGGCAGCCCCUCCCGUCCCCGUCCCGGCGCCGCCGCGGCCCGGCUCACCCCUAUGGCUGCGCACCAAGAUGGCGGCGAAAGGGAGAGCCCGCGCGCUGCCUGCCGGGAUACGCACCGCGAAGGCCCCCGCCGGCGGGCGGCCCCAAUAGGAUUAGCGGAGGGGCGUCGCCAUCCCCGCCGUGCAGGCACUCCCGCGGGCAGCCCCGCAAGGCCCCCGGAGGCGGGCGGUUGCCAUGGAGACGGGGCCGCGGGGCCCGCAAGAACACAGAGACUAAAGAGAUGGAAAAAUUCACUCGGCUGGAAGCUCUGCUGUUUACUGCUGUGCUGGAGAAUUGCAUUGAUCAGCUCUUAAUCCUUGGAUAUAUCAUGCCGGUUUCAUGCGAGGGCAAGACAGACAUCAACUGUAUUGAGAGCCAGGAAAUGCAAGAAAUCAGAGACAACAAGAAGGAGCUGGACACUGACCAUCAAGAGCUUAUGUCUGCAAGGCAAGGGGGUGGGGAAACAGUUACCUCCAAGCCUCUGAAAAGCACUGAACGCACGCAGCAGCUGGGAAGUUCUGAGGAUCUGAAAAGAGCCCAUCAUCUUUCCAACAAGGCCAUGAAACACAGUGCUCUGCCUGCAGAUACUCUCAGAAAAAUUCAGGCUGACAGGCAGUAUGCAAGUGAUGUAAUUACUGCAACUAUGAAAGAGAUGCAGGAAUCAGGAACAUUUAACAGCCUAAUGGAAGCUAAUGGGAGAGAGAAUGCAAAGAAGAGCAAGUUUCAUGACAUCCUCAUCAGGGAGGAGGAAGGAAAGAAGGAGAUAAAAUCUCUCCAGAAACAGCUGCAAGAUGUCAAGAAAGAAACUGAAAUGGAACUUCAGAACCGAGAUAAUAUGAUUGUCUACCUCAAAGAUGAGUUCCAAAAGAUGAAAGCCAAAACAGACGUGGAGAAACGCUACAUAAAAAAAAGCACAGACCUCCAGGUCCACCAAACCCAGAAGAAGUGCAGCAAUGCAGAGAAUGGACUGAACAAGGAAAUUGAGGACUUGAAGAGGAAAACUGAUGAGGAGAUUCGAGUCCACAUGGAGAUUGAAAAUUUCCUCAGGCAGUACUAUAAGAAGGUGGAAGAGAAGCUGGAAUACUGGGUGGACAAGUAUGAAUGUGACACAGACGCUAAAGACAAAGAACUUGAAGCCCUAAAAGAAUCAAAGGCAAACAACUUGGAAAUGCUGCAGAGAUUUGCCAGUGAGUGCCAGAUGUUUGAGGAAACCAUCAUCGCUGAUCGGGCAGAAAAGGAGGCUAAAAGAAGACAACUAGAGCGGGAUGCCCUGGAACUGAAGAGCAUCCUGAAGCUGCAGGCCUGGUGGAGAGGUACAAUGGUCCGCAGAAACCUUGGACCCUACCAGAACCUCAGGAAGAGUCGAGAGAAGCAGCUGUUGAAGGAGACAAACAAAAAGGAUAAACCUGGAGCAAAGAAAAAGAAACGCUAAGUAAGAAACCCAGCCACAGAUGCGCUCCGGGGCUGCUGCUGGGCAGGGCUCUGCUCUCUGUGUGUCCAUCAGGACAAAAUAAACCACGUAAUAGACCUUGGGCUAUUCUGGAGAACGUAGUUCGUGACACACAGUUAAGGUGAAGAUCCAGUGACUUGAAGCUGUCUUUGUACAGCAGAGACACUGCUUCCCCAGUAGCAGCUCUAUGGAAACAUUAAAACUAGCGGGAUGUAAUGCUAUGAACAGCUCAGUGACUCACCAGAUGAGGUGCUCUGCACGGAGAACCUCCUUUGCAGCCCCCCACAGCACUGGCCAUGGAAGCGAUGGUGUUUGCUGUGGCUCCGGCGGCUCUGAGCGAGGCAGGGAGGCCAUCACCCACAUCUGGGCUCAAGCAGCGCUCUCCCCGGUGUCAGUGCCAGCAUUAGGUCGGCCAGGGGAAAACUGCUGACACUUUGCAGUGUAAACACGAGGGCAGGCGAAGCAUGCAGGUUUCCAUUCCCACAGCCCUGCAAAGUGUCAGCACAUAGACAGAAUAGCUCUCCCUGCCCUCCUGCAGAGGGAAGCAACAAUGGAAAAAGACAGCUGGCCGCACUGCCCAGAGGAGCUGCUCUGUCACAGCCGUACCCACCACCGACUGCGACCUCCGUGCAGGGAUGUCAGGCAGUGGGCAGGGAACAAAGCUGGUGGGGAGCAAAGUUCUGGGUUUUUUUUUGGCCCUUUCUCCUGACACCACUGUCACUCGCCUACAGGUUUGUGCACAAAGCAAAACUAG